AUGGAGAAACCUUCAGCUUCGAGGCACGGGAGGCUGGCUUCCAUUGAAGACCCAAAGACUCUCUCUGAAGAAGAAGUGAACUCCUUAGUGGAGGCAGCUAUGAAAGUGAUUGAUAUCCAUGGGAGAGAAGAGGCUGAGAAAAUAUUUCUGCUGGGUUUGGAGCCUGUUACGACUGUAGCGAAGCCGAUAGGAGGUUCAGGGCCAAAAAUCUGUGGAAAAAGGGUUUGUAGGAUUUUGGUGGAUGUGAUUGUAAAUUAG